AUAUAUAUAUAUAUAAAAAAAAGAUCUGAAUAAUCAAAAGAUUUAAAUGAAUAGAAUUAACUUCUUCAAAUAACUAAUGGAUGCUGUUUGACGAGAGAGCAACUGGGGAUGCAGCAUGAAGGAAUCCCUCAGCAGAUGCCAUAAUGGAGGUCCGAUCCUAUUUGGAGGAGCCCCUCCAAAGAUCUGCAGAUCCUCUGAGCUGGUGGAAGAACAAGGCCUCUGUCUACCCACGGCUUACUAAAGUCAUGACAGGGAGACUGCAUUGUGGCCACAUCCGUUCCCUCUGAGAGGGUCUUCUCAAAAAAGGGACAAACAAUUACUGAGAAGAAACCGCAUCAGCCCCUCGAAUGUGAGGCAGCUUGCAAUUCUGAAUGCAAAUCUCUCAUAAAAGCAAAAUAUGGUCAGCAUUGCUGUGUGCUGCUGGUUAUAACAUGGCAAUAAAGAAGAGCGAGAAAAGAGGGACGUUUACUGUUUUAAGUGGGAUGCAGCAGUUUUGCACAUUGUUAUUUAUUUUUCUUUGAUAUGGUGCAAUAUUCUAUUAUGAUGUUCAGAUUGUAUUCGUUUUGAAUUCUUGCAUUUAUAUGCACUUUGUUUAUUUACAUUAAAAAACGUAUACUUUAAAUGCACAUGUGUAAUAGCAUCCUUAUUUUUUACAUUUAUUUCAAUUUGUGGGAUGCUGCAGUUUUCCACUUUUUCUUUGAUAUAGUGCAAUAUUCUAUUAUGCUUUUCAGAUUGUAUUAGUUUUGAAUGGUUACAUUUAAAUGCACUUUGUUUAUAUACAUUAAAAAGUUAUACUUUAAAUAUAAAUGUUUAAUAGCAUUUUUUUUCAUAACAAACCAAUGCAUUUUAAAAUACAUUGUGGUUAAGGUCGAGUAUGAUUUCAUUUAAUAAUUUAAUUAGAAAUGUUUUAACACCAAUCAGUCAAACUAUCGCAAACUGUUUGACUUGAAAAAUACAAAACAUAUUUUUUUUAAAGAGCCGUUUGGGAGCCAAAAGAGCCGGCUCUUUUAGGUGAGCUGAGCCGAACGAGCCUGCUCACUAAAGAGCCGGAAUGCCCAUCACUAGCUCGUUGUUUAAAAUGGUCUAACCAUCAGCGCCCCCAUUCGGAUCUAGGCACGAUUUCACCGGGUUGUCUGAUAUAUAACCCCUUUUGUGUGGGUUUGUGACAUGUCUCUUAGUACUUUUUCAAAUACGUUUUCACAGGCCAAAGCCUUCACCACAGUUGCCUCACCUCCAGGCUCCCUAACCCUGCACUCUGAAUCCCUGCUGUCACCAUGCAAGCCCGUAGGGUCACCGUUCACCGCAUCAGCAAGACCAUCACCUUGUACCUGAAUGACACAGCCUCACCUAAACCCUCCCCUGGCCCUCUGUCUGCCCUGAACAAUGCAGCCAGUACCUCUCCAUCCCUAGCCCUUACCUCUGCCCCAACCAAGCCCCUGCUGCUGAUGCUGCCCUGGUUGGGGUCGCGACCUCAGGCUGUGGCCAAGUACUGUGAGAUCUACUUCCGUACAGGCUUUGACGUGCUCAUAGUGGAGAGUGCGGUGAGUCAGUUCCUGUGGCCUCGCUGGGGCCUGGACUACGGGGCGAGGGUACUAGAUCUCCUGCAGAGUGACCUCUUUGUGUCACGCCCCCUGCUCGUGCACGCCUUCUCCAUAGGAGGGUACACCUUCACCCAGCUGUUGGUGCAUGUGUCCCGCGACACACAGAAGUACUGUGGCUUCACUCAGAGGAUCAGAGGCCACAUCUAUGACAGCCUUGUGUUGGGCUCACUGGAGAGGAUGGCUACAGGUCUAGGUAAGAGCCUGUUCCCCUGGCUGGAGAGCCAGGUGAAAUGGGCCAGUAUGCUCUACUUCAGAGCCUUCAAACACCACACAGUCGACUAUUUCAACAACGGCAUUGAUGUCUUCUCGAAUAACCCUGUCACCGCACCCGCCCUCGUCUUCUUCUGCCAGAACGACGCACUGUGCGACCCGGAGGGCAUGGAGGAGAUCAUCGCCUACUGGAGAAAACGAGGGAUGGCGGUGACAGACAGGAAGUGGGAGGAGUCAACACAUGCAGGUCACCUGAGACGACACCCCCAGGAGUACCUGUCUACCUUGGAGUCCUUCCUAAAGACUCUUGGUAUGGUCCCUCUCAAGGCCAAGAUGUGACCCUAGGCAGGACCCACACAGCUGUUGUCCGGCCCAGAAACAAUCCCUAACCCUAUCCACUACCCCUUAGGCCCUCAGCACGGCCCCAAGCAAGGCCAAGUGACAACAGGGCACAGCUGUGGUCCAGUCCAGAAAUAGCCUCUAGCCACUACCCCCUAAGCACUCAGGACCCCCUGAAGACCAGGAUGUGACUGCAGGAUGUGACAGUUUGCACUUCACUUACCUACAAGUUCCAUGUUUGAGUACUCUAGGUAUAGUGGGGACUUAUUGUAUACAGUUUUACAUUCUUGAAAAACAUUCAAUUAACUCUUGUUUAGUAGACUUUUCGCAAAAGGAGUCAUUGUUUAGAUGUUUUGGAAUUGUACCAGAAAUGUCAUGUGACAUAGCCUCUGCAUUACGUAGGUUACGUAGUGCUCUGAAUACCAAUCUCUAAUAGCAUCCACUUCAUUUUCAAACGCUUUUAAACACUGAAGCCAAACUUCCUCCACAUUAUCAUAAUGUGUAUGCGCGCCACUAGAGAUCCCUGCAUUAGCAUGUUUCUGUAAGCUGAUCAAUCCUGAAAAAAUACCCCAUAUUGAUGGCCUGCUAAUGUGCUUGAACCUUAAAGGCUAAACAUUUGAGGAAAAAAAACAAUUGAUCCAAAUGAUUGUCCAAUCAGGCAGGCUAGAUGCAAUCAAUUCGAAAUUAAUAUUCAUUCAAAACGCCAGGCCUUUGAGCAGUUAUUCAAAUGACAUAGGCUUUUCACUGCAGUCUACUGCCUAGACUAGAGUUUUGUGCUCACUUGAAAACAAUAACAUUCUUCAUUACAUUGUGUUGUAGGCUACAUUUCUUGUCCCUAAAAAGCUGAAACUAUAGGGUAGCUUUUCAAGCUGGUACCAGGGGACUGGGAGGCAGGGCACUCAGCGCAUCCUCGGGAGCACACAGUGUAGGCUACCUAUGAUUUUGUUAUCUGAUAAAAAAAUAUAUAUUUUGUGUACAUUUUACGGGAUAUAUUCACUGCAGUAUUGAGCUUAUGAAUUAUGGGCUAAUAUGCAUUUGCUUCUAAUUUAGGCUAUAGUCUACAUCCCAAGCCUGUCUGUCUUUGUUCUGUUGCGCAAUUACGCACCUGGCCUCUCUGCUGCCAUGGCUGUUCCUCUUAAAUCUUGUGGAGUCCCAGGAAAAGCAAGACUACAAAAGCUUGUUGGACACUUACAGUUGAAGUCGUAAGUUUACAUGCACUUUAGCCAAAUACAUUUAAACUCAAUUUUUCACAAUUCCUGACAUUUAAUCCUAGUAACAAUUCCCUGUCUUGGGUCAGUUAGGAUCACCACUUUAUUUUAAGAAUGUGAAAUGUCAGAAUAGUGAUUUAUUUCAGCUUUUAUUUAUUUCAUGACAUUCCCAGUGGGUAAGAAGUUGACAUACACUCAGUAAGUAUUUGGUAGCAUUGCCUUUUCAAUUGUUUAACUUGGGUCAAAUAUUUCGGGUAGCCUUCCACAAGCUCCCCACAAUAAGUUGGGUGAAUUUUGGGCCAUUCCUCCUGACAGAGUUGGUGUAACUGAGUCAGGUUUGUAGGCCUCCUUGCUUGCACAAGCUUUUUUAGUUCUACCCAAAAAUUGAGGUCAGAGCUUUGUGAUGGCCACUCCAAUACCUUGACUUUGUUGUCCUUAAGCCAUUUUGCCACAACUUUGGAAGUAUGCUUGGGGUCAUUGUCCAUUUGGAAGACCCAUUUGCAACCAAGCUUUAACUUCCUGACUGUCUUGAGAUGUUGCUUCAAUAUAUCCACAUACUUUUCCUUGCUCAUGAUGCCAUCUAUUUUGUGAAGUGCACCAGUCCAUCUUGCAGCAAAGUACCCCCACAACAUGAUGCUGCCACCCCCGUGCUUCACGGUUGGGAUGGUGUUCUUCGGCUUGCAAGCCUCCCCCUUUUUCCUCCAAACAUAACAAUGGUCAUUAUGGCCAAACAGUUCUAUUUUUGUUUCAUCAGACCAGAAGAUAUUUCUCCAAAAAGUACGCUCUUUGUCCCCAUGUGCAGUUGCAAACCGUAGUCUGGCUUUUUUAUGGCAGUUUUGGAGCAGUGGCUUCUUCUUUGCUGAGCGGCCUUUCAGGUUAUGUUGAUAUAGGACUUGUUUCACUGUGGAUAUAGUUACUUUUGUACUUGUUUCCUCCAGCAUCUUCACAAGGUCCUUUGUUGUUCUGGGAUUGAUUUGCACUUUUCGCAUCAAAGUACGUUCAUCUCUAGGAGACAGAACGCGUCUCCUUCCUGAGCGGUAUGACGGCUGUGUGGUCCCAUGGUGUUUUAUAUUUGCGUACUAUUGUUUGUACAGAUGAACGUGGUACCUUCAGGCAUUUGGAAAUUGCUCCUAAGGACGAAACAGACUUGUGGAGGUCUACAAAUUGUUUUUUCUGAGGUCUUGGCUGAUUUCUUUUGAUUUUCCCAUGAUGUCAAGCAAAGAGGCACUGAGUUUGAAGGUAGGCCUUGAAAUACAUCCACAGGUACACCUCCAAUUGACUCAAAUUAUGUCAAUUAGCCUAUCAGAAGCUUCUAAAGUCAUGACAUUUUCUGGAAUUUUCCAAGCUGUUUAAAGGCACAGUCAACUUAGUAUAUGUAGCUUCUGACCCACUGGAAUUAUGAUACAGUGAAAUAAUCUGUCUGUAAACAAUCGUUGGAAAAUUUACGUGUCAUGCGCAAAGUAGAUGUCCUAACUGACUUGCCAAAACUAUAGUUUGUUAACAAGAAAUUUGUGGAGUGGUUGAAAAAAUAGUUUUAAUGACUCCAACCUAAGUGUAUGUAAACUUCUGACUUCAACUGUAUUUAAACUACUAAUAGCCUAUUGGAUGAGAGAUAUACACUUGCUCUUGCUGAAUAUAAAGUAGUCUACAGCAUUAAGAAUUUGUGGAGUUGGAAAGGUGAAGCACAUAUUUUCCAAUAGGCCAAUCUUAACACUGGGCUACAUUCUGACAAAAUACAUCAUGAGUGGCCUGCUAAUGUACCUUUCUGGACCUUCUAAACUGUUAAAAGACCUAAACUGAUCCAAAUGGUUGCAUAAUCAGGCCUAGGCUGUUGGCCUAUGCAGUUAUUUCGACAUUAAAUAAAACAGGACAUUUGAGAGGUUAUUCAAAUUAGCCUACAUCACUGCAGAUUACAGCCUAUGGACAAGAAUUGUGUACUCACUUGGUAACAAUAAAAAAUCCUCAUUGCACUGUGUUGUAGACCAGGUAUAAUAAUACAGUCUAAAAACAUAAGCUUUGUGUGCCAUGGGGACAACAGCGCAGCCUGGAGGAACGCGCAGUACAGAUCUUCAAUUUCAUAAUCUGAACUUUUUUUUUUCUUGCACUUUGACUGGUAAAUCUUUAGUUUAUAGCACUAAUAUCUAGGUAAUAUGCACAACCGGCUAUAGCAGGAGUAGGCAACCCUGGUCCUGGGUGCCGCGGACACUUCAUGUUUUGAUUUAACUGACCUGGAAGACCAGUUAUGUUGAAUUUAGGCAGUCAUUGAACUGAUCAAUUAGCUUAGUUGGUCAGGUGUGGUGCCUAGUUGGAACACAAUCCUGCAGUACCUGUGGAUUGUUGAGACAAAGUACAUUGGUGUGCUAACUUUUGUCCGGUUAUUAUGAUAACGUUGUUGCACCGAUGCAUUAUUUGCAGUUUUCACUAUGACAAUGAACAUACCCUGCAUUGAAUGGUCUGAACCAGUGUCUGUGCGUUAGACUCCAUGAAUGGUUUUGUUAACACCUUUAUUAAUAGGCAGCGUGCAGUAUGAUGCAUUGAUCAGUUGAUUGACGUAGGACUGCAGAAUGAAAAACGAUCCUCUUUUCUCUAGUGUGGAUGCUCACAAACGUUUUAUAGAUAUUUAGCCUAUAGUUAUGGGCUUGGUGGAUGGCCCUUAACGCUGGCGCGACACAACUAAUGUUAUCACAGCAGAACUAGCCUAGUAGGUCUAGCUAACGUUGGAGAACUUGGAUGAAAUAAAAAUACACUUAUACUUGUUUACUUUUAUACUAUAUCAAUUUACUCUUGCAAGUUUGUCACCGGCGCCCUGCAGUAGGAAAGUAAAGCGGAAGUCGAAUCAUCACUUCUGCUGUUUGGCUGUGCUCAUAACAACGUUUGAAAUUGAGGUGGACAGUGCAAAGUGUGUUAAAUUACUUUUUUAUUAUGACGUGCAAACACAAUGACGUGUUAAAUAAUCUAUGCAAUCUUAUUAAAAUUGUUCAAUGGA